AUGGAGGAUGAUUAUGGUACUCGUGUGUUGGCGUGGAGGAGGAGGGUCAACUCGAGGUGGAGGCCGACGAGGGAGCAGGUAAGCAUGCUGGAGAAUCUGUACAUGCAAGGGAUGAGGAGGCCAACUGAUGAGCAGACUCAGCAAAUCAUCAACCGUUUGAAGACCUGCAGUGGCAGCGAUGCCCAUAUCAAGGGCAGUAGUAUUUUCUAUUGGUUCCAAAAUCACAAAACCAAGCUUAAGAAGCAGUUCAGGAGACAUCUUGAGGAGCAACAAGCCCUUUCCCAUGCCCAUGCCCAUGCUCAUGCCUUUGCUCUUGCCCAUGCCCAUGCUAAUUUCAUCAACUCUUCCAUCUGCAACACCAAUGCUAAUGCUACUGCUCGUGCUACUCCUGUUACUCUGACCUUGUUCCCUCUCGAACCAAGUGGCAAUUUGCGAGCCGAGAACAACAACAACAACAACGCGAUCGAGCCAUCCUGCUCUCGUCCAAUCAUAGACCUUGAUUGA